CAAGUGAAAAAUGAAGUAAUAACAUUUAUACAUCUUUUUAUUUAGCUAAACCUAUUAGAAUUAAAUUUCAAAAUUUUCAUGUAAAAAUUAACUUUAAUUAUAAUCAUUUCAUUAUGUUACAUAUGAACUAAGUAAAAAUGCCACGACCACUCUUAAAAGAUACAAUCAAGAGCGAAUAUGUUAUCGAUGAAAAUCAUAAACCAUCGAGUAAAACAAUUAAAUUUAAAAAAUCCGUAACUACAACAAGUCGUAAAUUUAAUUCAACCGUGAAAAAUCGAGAUCGUUUAGUAGGAGGAGCAGAUGCUCCUGAGGAACAAAAAGAGAUAUUGAAACUGCCAGAAGAAACGGAAGAAAAAACUCGUACAGCUGGACCAUGUUGUACUUGUUUGUCGCAAGUACCAGGAUCAACCGGAGAUAAGAAGGUGGAUGAAAUUAUUGAUUAUGUGCAUCAAAAUUUACAAGAAGCGGGUAAAGCAUUGGCUACCUUAGGCGAGAAUUUUGAGCACGAUUCAAAGGUUGAGCCCUGUACGCAAGUAAAACCGUCAUGAAAUUGGGAAGACGAGGGUACAAUAAAUGAAAUCGUUUUAUAAAGUUGAAUAUAUAUUUAAAUAAAAAUGAAUAAAUGAAUCUGUUCGAAACUCCCAAUUUCGUAAAACAAAUUCGUAAUGUUUUCUUCAAAAUAAAUUUAAUUUUAUAAAAAAUAUAAAUAAGCAUAAAAUAAUAAAUGCAAACUGAAUUUAUUUUUUAUGAAAGUUGAUGUUCGUCGAUAUACUUGGUCGAAUACAACAAUGGAGCGGUUUGGUUCAAAACAAAUUGGAUAUUUGUAACAAUGAAAUUGAAACAUUGCGUGAAGAAUUAAUAGCACGAGCUUGUGAAAUCGAAAAUCUAAAAAAUUUAUUGGGAGAAUGUGAAGCAAGUUUCAUUGAUUAAAAUUGUUAAUUUACUGCAAUUUUUAAGAUAUUCUUUUAUAAAAUUUUAUACUAUUCUUUUAUAGAAAGAACGUGCAGCCGCUUUAAUUCAAGCGGCUAAAGCACAAGAAGAAGCAAUUCAAAUUGGUGAACGUUUUGAAAUUCAUAAAAAACAAGAAGAAGAAAGAAGAAAGAUAAUUCCAGAAGUAACUCCAAAAGAAAUAAAAGAACCAACAGAAAUAAAAGAACCAAAAGA